GGGGUGCUACAUAAAGAGCACGUCGGCUAACGAUGGGCUGACAAUUCCAUGCGACAACGACUCGCGAGUACUCUUUGCCGUAGCACUUCUAUCUACUCUUAUCUUCUCUUAAGAUUGUUCUCGAAUUGACGAUAUUAUCUUCGAACGACAGCGCACACGUGUUAUCACGAUUUUAAGAAUACCCAAGAAUGGAAGCCGAGGACUUUAAGAAAUUCGCCAAAGAAAUGAUAGAAUACAUCACUAAUUAUUUGGAAAAUAUCAGAGAAAGGAGGGUUUUGCCGACGAUCGAACCGGGAUACAUGAAACCACUUUUACCGUCGGAAGCUCCUCGUACUGCGGAAAAAUGGGAGGAUAUAAUGAGUGACAUAGAACGAGUGAUCAUGCCAGGAGUAACUCAUUGGCACAGUCCGAAAUUUCACGCUUAUUUCCCCACUGCUCAAUCGUAUCCAGCUAUUGUUGCAGACAUGCUGAGCGGAGCUAUUGCGUGCAUUGGAUUUACGUGGAUGGCUAGCCCAGCUUGUACCGAAUUAGAAGUGACAAUGCUCGAUUGGUUAGGACAAAUGUUGGAUUUACCAAAAGAAUUUUUAGCUUGUAGCGGUGGCAAAGGUGGUGGUGUUAUUCAGGGAACUGCAAGCGAGGCAACUCUAGUCGCUUUACUCGGAGCGAAAGCUAAGAAAAUUAAGGAAGUUAAGGAGCAGCAUCCUGAAUGGACCGACAACGAGAUCAUCGGGAAAAUGAUGGCUUACGGUUCCUGUCAAGCACAUAGUUCGGUCGAACGAGCUGGUCUUCUCGGUGGCGUAAAAUUCCGUCUAUUGAAGGUCGAUUCAAAAAACAAACUACGGGGUGAGACUUUAGCAGAGGCUAUUCGCGAAGACAAGGAGAAAGGACUUAUCCCGUUUUACGUCGUCGUUACCUUAGGAACAACAAGUUCUUGUGCUUUCGAUCGUUUAGACGAAUUAGGUCCAGUAGCUAAUCGUGAGUCUGUCUGGUUGCACGUAGACGCCGCAUAUGCAGGUUCCGCUUUCAUUUGUCCGGAGUUUCGUUAUUUGAUGAAGGGUAUCGAAAAAGCUGAUUCGUUUAAUUUUAAUCCGCACAAAUGGAUGUUGGUUAACUUCGACUGUUCCACCAUGUGGUUUAAAGAUCCAACUUUCGUCAUUAACACGUUUAAUGUCGAUCCAUUGUACCUGCAACACGAUAUGCAAGGAUCAGCUCCGGACUAUAGACAUUGGCAAAUUCCACUCGGUCGUAGAUUCCGAGCACUUAAACUCUGGUUCGUUCUAAGAAUUUAUGGGGUGGAAAAUCUGCAGAAAUAUAUCAGGUCUCACAUUGCUCAAGCUCAUGAAUUCGAAGCACUUGUUCUCUCGGAUUCCCGUUUCGAGAUCGUUGCUGAAGUUAUUCUUGGAUUAGUUUGCUUUAGAUUGAAGGCAUCCAACGACGUGAACGAAGCUCUCCUGAAGAGAAUAAACGGCGCUGGAAAUAUUCAUCUGGUUCCAUCGAAGAUAAACGACGUAUAUUUUCUUCGUUUAGCAAUAUGCUCGCGGAUGAGCGAGAGCAGCGAUAUACUCUACUCGUGGAAGGAGAUUAAGCAGAGAGCCGAUGAAGUAUUGGAAGAGCAUUCGGUUUCCAAGUGAUGGCGCGCUCAAAUAGCUCGUGGUUGCAGAUCGCUUGCGCCAGCGACUUGUAAUCAAUCAUAAUUUUAUUUCUUCUUCGUAGAAGUCAUCUUGACUCGCAGAUACUGUUCUCCUUAGAAAUUCGUUUCUUUUCCAAAAUCGUUCGUAUAAUCUUCACCCGAAAUUGAUUCAAUCGAAUAUUUCAAUAAUUUAACACUAUCGUUUUAACCGAUCCUCGUUUAUAUUACAACCAAGAUUUUUGCGGAACAGUUCGAUCAUUUUUGAAUUAACGGAGAUCAGUGCGACGAAGUCGAAUGUUUUCAUCAACAGUUCCUAUCGAUAUUUUUUGAUACGUUUGCGCAUAAUUUGCCAUAGUAUAGUAAUAUUCACAUAUCGUUGAUUAUAAGUUAAUUACGUUACGUGUUAUAAAUAAUUAAGUUAUGCGACGUACGUAGGAGAGUGUCGAAUAUGAUCGCGGUAACGAGUUUAGCUCGGAGAGGUAACUAUACGUUAUUAUAAUUUAUUACCGUUCCAAUAAUCUAUUACGAAGUUGAUUGUGUGUUUUUGCCUAUCGAAAUAUUUAAUAUGCAAUAUAUGUCGUGUGUAAUGUAUUAGACAUCGUUUAGAAAUAUAAAAUCAUUCGAUGUGUCACAAACUUAACACUCGUUAAAAUGUAGCACCGAGGUUAGAACAACGAUAGACGUAGAAAUAAGUUAGAGCUGGUAGACCGGCUCAACGAGUAGCUAGAUUAUUCCUCGCGAGAGCUUGUAAAUUAAGUUUUAUCAAAGGUUAUCAAGCUAGCAAUUGUCGUUUGAUAGCGAAAACUUAUUUAUAGAGCAUAUUCGAAAUGUUGCCACUCAUGGUAAUGAUUUAAAUUAUAUUCGUUGAUGGGGACCACUGGAAUAUAAUAAAAAUUGAACGUGCUUCCUCGUUCGUGUCCAUAUUACUAUUAACGAAAUCUGUUUUAUCAUUGUUAUCAAAUAAUUAUUGAAAUAUAUGCUGUUUAUGUCA